AACACAAACGCAAACUGCUUCUUCUCUCAAACUAUGCUUCACCUUCUUCUCACUUCUCUCUGACACACUCACAAAAUUCCUCACCAACAUUCUUCCUUGCUUCUCGCAUCGUUCCGUUCCGUUUCAUUGGAUAAGUCUCAACUCAUCGACGAUCGACCAUGGCAUGAUAAUUAUGGGCUUGUCUGAUCAUCUCUAUCAUGACAGGAUCCAAACAAAUAUGGGGAGAAGAAGAGUCGAUGGGGAUCAGAAUAAAGAUAGAUUGAGUGACUUACCAGAAUGUAUUAUCCUUCACAUUUUGUCAUUUUUGAGAACACCACAUGCGGUUCAAACUUGUGUUUUGUCCACCAGAUGGAAACAUCUCUGGAAACGUAUUCCAACUCUUAAUUUGAAUUCAUUUCAAUUUAGGACGUUGAAGAUAUUUUCAGUAUUCAUGUCUAAGGUUUUGUCUCUCCGUGAUCCCUCAACUGCACUACAUACAUUUAAUAUUAGCCGUCGUGGUGAUAUUGAGCCUCGACUCCUUAAAAAGUUUUUAAACUAUGUUUAUUUCCAUAACAUCCAUCUUCAAGAAUUAGUAAUCUCUCUACAUGGUGAUAUUGGUCUCAUUUUCAGCUGUGUUUCUUCAUGCCGGGCACUUACAUCUCUUAAGCUUUCAGUUGGCCCUACAUGGAGGGAUCCUAAGAAAACAUUAUUUCCCAAAUCUUUGAAUUUGCCUUUACUUACAAGCUUGGAUCUAGAAGAUUUUGCCUUUUGCGGUGAUGAAAGCGGUUGUGCUGAGCCCUUUUUGGAGUUUACCAAGUUGAAUAGUUUGGUCAUUCGUUCUUGUAAGGUAAUCGAUGCACAAAUCCUCAACAUAUCAAGCGAGACACUUGUCAAUUUAGAUAUGCAAAAUAAUUCAUCUCUCUUUGCCAAAAUCAAGCUAUAUGCUCCAAGUCUUUGUGCCUUUAACUAUGCCGGUAGCCACCAUAUUCACAAUAUACGUGGGUGUGGACUUUCUUCUAUUAAACAAGUAAAUAUCGAAUCAGUACACUUUUCAGCUUCGCAGGAGGAUGCUUUGGUUUUAUUUAGCUGGCUGCUAGACUUUGCAAAUAUAGAGUCAUUGACCGUCACUUCAACUGCUCUUCAGAUUCUCUCCUUAGUUCCUGAUUUAUUCGAGGUUAAGCUCCGUUCUUUGCAUAAGUUGAAGUCAUUGAAAAUAGACCUGAUACGAAUUUAUGAAGGAUCUUUAUUAGUAUUAAUGAAAGAAGCCAUGUUAAAGAAAGCUGCUGCCAAGUCACCUAAAGAAGGUGCGAAGUUAAGAAAGGCAUUUGAAACAUGUUUCGAACCACCUGCCAUACCUGAUGGAAUGGUUGACUUCUUGCGACAAAACUCGCCGUCGGCUGAAGUUAACCUCACAACAAAGUAUCCGAGUUCUUUUAAUCUGAAGCAGAUUGGAGAAUCUAUCAAGGGUGUGAAGAUUAACAAUUAUCGUUCGCGAUUCUCUAUGCGUUCCUCCUCCAGUCUUCCGCGACUUUCUGUGCGUUCCUCUUCCUCCUCUGUCGCAUCUGCUGCGGCUGCCAAGUCUGCUUCUGAUGCUGCUCCUGCUUCUGCCGCGGAGCCUGCCAGUGCUGCAUCUCCCAAUCUUGAUCCAUGUCUCGGCGAAAAGGAUGUUAAGUCAUCCAAUAAAGAUGAUGAGGAGAAGCACCAACAUAACACCAACGCUCCACUUCAAGAUAAUGGGCAGUGAAGAGUUCUCAUAUUGCCUAUUGCCUUCUCUGUGAACCUUUGUUGUAAGAUGUUAGAUAAGUGACUGAAAAUAUCAUUUGACAGGUUAUAAUGUUUUCUCUGUGAAAGUGUUGUUAGAUUUGGUACAUGUACUCUCUCUCUCUCUCCGAAAGUGUUUUCACUCUAUGAAUCAUUUUAUGGACAACUUUUAAGUAUUUCUAUAAAUUUGUUCUGAUCCUGACAA